UCCUCUGACUCGACUCUAAGGAUUAUGCUCCGGUUCUUCCUCCUCUGAAAAUCCUACUUUGGAUUCACUCUUAAACAUGCUGCGGGUAAUUGUUGAGUCUGCAUGCGGGAUCCCCAAAAAGAAACUGGGCAACCCUGAUCCAUUUGCUUCUGUUGUGUUUCGAGGUGAAAAGAAGAAAACCAAAGCUGUUGACAAUGAGCUAAAUCCCGUCUGGAAUGAAGGGCUGGAAUUUGAUUUAAAGGGCUUGGCUUUGGACGGGUCUUCGUUCAUCGACGUGGUCGUGAAAGAUCACGAGACCAUCGGCCAUCACAAGUUCAUUGGCUCUGCGAAAAUCUCUCUGAGGGACUUGGCCGGUGGGCACGUGAGGUCCCUCCCGUCCAAGAAUGUGCCCCUGACCAAUGAGAAGCAGCAGCCAGUUGGGGCAACAAUUAAUUUGCUCAUUGGGUAUGAACGCCCCGGGGACGCCGCUGACGGCGACGUGUCUCACGCGGACAACGAGGCCCACGAGGAGGGCGACGAGGGGGAAGCUGACGUGGAGGCAGGGGACCACGCGGGAGCCCCGAAAGUUCCGGCCACGUCGGUCCACCCCAGGAAAGCCAGCCUCAAGCCGCCCCUCGUCGGCCGCAAGAAGCACAGGCCGCUGGCCAACAAGCCCCAAGACUUCCAGAUUCGCAUUCGGGUCACGGAGGGCCGGCAGCUGCCCGGCGACAACGUCAAGCCCGUGGUGAAGGCCAACGUGUGCGGCCAGACGCAUCGAACGCGAAUAAGGAGCGGCAACAACCCCUUCUUCGAUGAGCUAUUUUUCUACAACGUUAAUAUGCUCCCCUCGGAGCUGCUUGACGAGAGCAUCAGCAUAAGGGUUUAUGAUUCCUUCUCCCUCCGAGCAGACAGUCUAAUGGGCGAGUUCAAGCUUGAUGUUGGCUACGUUUAUGAUGAACCAGGUCACGCCAUACUUCGGAAAUGGCUGCUCCUGAGUGAUCCAGAUGACUCCACCUCUGGCGCCAAAGGUUACCUGAAAGUCAGCGUUAUCGUCGUGGUGACUGGGGAAGAGCCGCCGAGCGAGAGGAGAGAAAUGAGCGAGGAUCAGGAUGACAUCGAGAGUAAUCUUUUGGUGCCAGCAGGCGUCUCGAUGCGAUGGGCCACUCUCAGCCUCAAAGUGUUCCGUGCAGAGGACAUGCCACAAAUGGAUGAUGCAUUUGUUCAGACAGUCAAGCAGGUCUUUGGCGCUGACGGAGACAGGAAGAACUUGGUGGAUCCGUAUUUGGAGGUUAGCUUUGCUGGAAAAAAGCUUUGCACCAGAAUCAUUGAGAAAAAUGCAAAUCCUGAAUGGAAUCAGAUCAUCAACCUCCAAGUCAAGUUCCCGUCCAUGUGCGAACGCAUCAAGCUGACCAUGUUUGACUGGGACCGCGUCAGCAAGGACGACGCCAUCGGAACGACGUUCUUAAACCUGAGCAAGAUCUCCUCUCCUGGCGGAGAGAUUGAAGCGGACCCCGCAGCAAGCGAGUCUGGUUUCCUGCCAACUUUUGGUCCUUGUUACGUCAACUUGUAUGGCAGCCCAAGGGAGUUUACUGGACUCCCUGACCCGUAUGAGGACCUUAACCUUGGCAAGGGUGAAGGCGUCGCCUACAGGGGGCGUGUUCUCGUUGAGCUGUCCACUGCGCUGGAUGGAAAAGUGGACAAGAAUGUCGAUGAUAUUUCUCGUGAUGACAUCCUGGUGGCGCAGAAAUACCAGCGAAGGCGGAAGUACUCCCUCUGUGCAGUUUUCCACAGCGCCUGCAUGCUCCAAGAGCCGGGGGAGCCCAUCCAGUUCGAGGUCAGCAUGGGAAACUACGGCAACAAGCUGGACUCAACCUGCAAGCCUCUGGCGUCCACCACGCAGUACAGCUUUGCCGUAUUUGACGGUAACCACUACUACUACCUGCCCUGGGCAGACACCAAACCAGUGGUGACGCUCACGUCCUCCUGGGAAGACAUCAGCCACCGUUUGGAAUCUGUCAACAUUCUUCUCGCUAUUGCGGGACACCUCGAGCACAACCUGUCCUCUUUGAAAAUGGCCAUUCAGGCCAAGGAGUCCGAGGACCAACUUGGUGAAGUUUGGCUCCAACUCAUCAGUCACUUCCUUGAGGACCUGAGCAGUUUUCAGCUACCGGAGGUGGAGGGCCAGGCCCAUGUGACCACGUUGGAUCUGCAAAUAAAAAGCGUGCGUGACGCAACACUGGAGAACCUCCAACAGACGGCGAAUAGAAUGAGAGAGGAGGCCACGGAUGUCAAGGCUGCCGUCAGCGACAUCGAAGACUGGCUGGACAGAAUCAAACAGCUGGCGGUCGAGCCUCAGAACAGCAUGCCCGACGUGAUCGUGUGGAUGCUGAGAGGAGAGAAGCGAGUGGCCUUCGCCCGUGUCCCCGCUCACCACGUUCUCUACUCCAACUUCAGCGAGCGGGCGUGCGGAAAACAUUGCGGCCGCACGCAGACGAUCUUCAUGCAGUACCCGAUGGAUAAACAUAAAGGUGUCAAGGUUCCCGUUCAGCUGCGGGUCAACAUGUGGCUUGGACUCUCCGCAUCGGAGAAGAAGUUCAACAGCUUUUCUGAGGGAAACUUCAGCGUAUACGCGGAAAUGUAUGAAAACCAGGCCCAGUUGUUUGGAAAGUGGGGGGUCAAUGGUCUGGUGGGUCGCCACAAGUCCUCAGACGUGACUGGAAAAGUGAAACUCAAAAAAGAGCGCUUCAUGCCACCAAUCGGAUGGGAGUGGGAAGGCGACUGGUUCGUCGAUCCUGAGCGCUGCCUUUUGACAGAAGCCGACGCGGGCCACACAGAGUUCACGGAUGAGGUUUUUCAGAACGAAACACGUUUCCCCGGCGGAGAGUGGAAACCUGCGGAGGAGCCCUACACCGAUGUGAACGGAGAAAAGGCCCAGAGCGCCUCAGAGUUCGAGUGUCCCAUCGGAUGGACUUGGGAGGACGACUGGAGUUUCGACAGUAACAGAGCUGUAGAUGAGAAAGGCUGGGAGUACGGAGUUACAAUUCCACCUAACGACAAGCCCAAAUCGUGGGUGGCAGCGGAGAAGAUGUACCACGUGCAGCGCAGAAAGAGGCUGAUCAGACCCAGGAGGAAGAUAUCCGAUAAAAGCGUCGUUGAAAGACGGGAGACGGGGGAAGGCUGGGAAUAUUCCUCCCUCAUCGGCUGGAAGUUUCACCGCAAGGAGCGCUCGUCCGACACGUUCCGACGCAGACGCUGGCGAAGGAAGAUGGUUCCGUCGGACCGCAUCGGGGCGUCUGCCAUUUUCAGGCUCGAAGGCGCACUGGGGGUUGACGUGGACGAGAAGGCCAGCAAAGCGGACGCCGGCAAAUUAUUUGGAGCCAACACUCCCACCGUUUCCUGCCACUUCAGCCGGUCCUACAUUUACCAGCUGCGAGUGUACGUGUACCAGGCGAGGAAUCUCUGCGCCAUGGACAAGGACAGCUUCUCAGAUCCGUACGCCCAUGUGUCCUUCCUCCACCUGAGCAAGACCACGGAAGUCAUCAGUGCCACGUUGAACCCCACCUGGGAUCAGAGUCUCAUCUUUGACAACGUCGAAAUCUACGGCGACCCGCAAACGAUCGCUCGCAACCCGCCGGACGUCGUCCUGGAGCUGUACGACAGCGACAAAGUGGGUAAAGAUGAACCCAUGGGUCGCUGCCUGUGCCCCCCGGUCGUCAAACUCAACCUCAGCGUGGCUUCCGACAAUAAACUGCAGUGGUACCCCGUUACCAAUAAGGGCCGGCGUGCCGGAGACGUCCUGCUGGCGGCUGAGCUUUUAUUGAAGGAAAAGGCGACUGAGGGAGAUCUUCCUCUGGCUCCCCCUCGGCGAGGGGAGAAGCUCUACAUGGUUCCUCAAGGAAUCAGGCCCGUUGUGCAGCUGACUGCCAUCGAGGUCUUGACUUGGGGCUUGAGGAACAUGAAGAGCUACCAGCUGGCCACCAUUACUUCUCCGAACUUGAUCGUGGAAUGCGGCGGCGAGAUCGCGCAAACGGCCGUCAUCAAGAAUUUCAAGAAGAACCCCAACUUCCCUGGAUCUGUGCUGCUACUCAAAGUGCUUCUCCCCAAGGAAGAGAUGUACACUCCCCCCAUUGUCCUCAAGGUCGUCGACCACAGACCCUUCGGGAGGAAACCGGUGGUGGGCCAGUGCACCAUCGAGUGUUUGGAGGACUUCCGCUGCGACCCGUACCGGGUCAACAGUCAAGUCUGCAUGUCUGCCAGAGUGGCGAUGAUGGCUGCCGCUCAGGGGGAUGUGGUGAUUGACAUCGAGGAGACGUCGCCGGUCAGAGUUGAGGUUCAAGCUGACAAGGAAGAGGAAGCAGUUGACUGGUGGAGCAAGUUUUACGCCUCGAUUGGACAGCAGGAGAAAUGUGGGCCUUACCUGAAGAAAGGUUAUGACACGUUACAGGUGUACGACCACGAACUGGAGCAAGUGGAACAGUUCCAGGGACUCACCGAUUUUUGCAGCACUUUCAAACUCCAGAGAGGAAAGACAGACGGAGAGGAAGACGACCCCUCUGUUGUGGGAGAGUUUAAGGGGUCGUUCAAGAUCUACCCGCUGCCCGACGACCCCGGCGUGACGGCUCCCCCGCGACAAUUCCGAGAACUUCCCGAGAGCGCUCCUCGGGAGUGUCUGGUCAGAAUCUAUGUGGUGCGCUGUAUCGACCUGCAGCCCAAGGACACGAACGGCAUGUGUGAUCCAUAUGUGAAGAUAUCACUGGGGAGGAAGACCGUGGAUGACAGAGAUAACUAUCAACCAAACACUCUCAAUCCAGAAAUUGGAAGGAUGUUUGAGCUAUCUUGCUUCUUGCCACAAGACAAGGAUCUGAAGAUCGCGGUGUACGAUUACGACUUGCUGAGCCGAGACGAGAAAGUGGGCGAGACCGUCAUUGAUUUGGAGAACCGACUGCUGUCCCGUUUCAGGUCCUGUUGUGGCCUGCCGCAGACUUAUUGUGUUUCUGGAAUUAAUCAGUGGCGAGACCAGCUGAAACCUUCUCAGAUUCUCCAAAAUGUGGCCAAGCUUCGGGGUGUUCCUCCCCCACGCUUUGAGGGAGAUGGAAGCGCUCUGUUCUUUUCAGGAAAACAAUACAGCCUGCAGGAUUUUGAGGCAAACACUCCCACCCACCCCCACCUUGGUCCGGCCAGCGAGAGACUGCCACUGCAUGUGCUCAGAGACCAGGGCUUGGUACCCGAACACGUGGAGACCAGGACCCUGUGCAGCUCCCACCAACCCAACUUGUCACAGGGACGGAUUCAAAUGUGGGUGGACGUCUUUCCCAAGGGCCUCGGUUUGCCGGGGCCUCCGUGUGACAUCACUCCGCGGAAAGCCAAAAGGUAUUACUUACGUGCCAUUGUUUGGAACACAACUGAUGUCACUCUGGACGAAACGAGCAUCACAGGGGAAAGCAUGAGCGAUAUCUACGUGAAAGGAUGGAUGCCAGGAAUGGAGGAUGACAAGCAGAAGACAGACGUUCACUACAGAUCCCUGGACGGCGACGGAAAUUUCAACUGGAGGUUUGUCUUUGCCUUCGACUACCUGCCCGCGGAGCAGCUGUGCGUCGUCUCGAGGAAAGAACACUUCUGGAAUCUGGACAAGACCGAGUUCAGGACUCCUCCAAAAUUAAUCAUUCAGAUAUGGGACAAUGACAAAUUCUCCUUGGAUGAUUACUUGGGCGCAAUCGAGCUGGACCUACUCAAUCUAAUCGCCCCCGCAAAAACCCCCGAAAAGUGCCGACUGAAAAUGUUGCCCGGGAUGACCAGCUCCAACUCCUCCAAGAAGUCCCUCUUCAGCUCCCUUUUCACCCAAAAGUCAGUCCGAGGCUGGUGGCCGUGCGCCAUCGAGCAGGAUGGGAAGAAAGUCCUCGGUGGGAAAGUAGAGAUGACGUUGGAAAUAGUGGAGGAGAAGGAGAGGGAUGAGCGACCUGCCGGAAAAGGCAGAGAAGAGCCGAACAUGAACCCGAAACUGGAGCCCCCAAACCGUCCCGACACAUCCUUCUUCUGGUUUACGAACCCUUGCAAGACCAUGAGGUUCAUCAUAUGGCGAAGAUUCCGACUGCUUUUUAUCAUCGGGAUCCUGCUGACGCUGGUCUCAUUGUUCUUCGGGAUCCUUUUAUUCUCCCUCCCUAACUAUAUCUCCAUGAAGAUUGUGAAGCCCUCCUCCUAGUUACAUCAUGCUGCAAAAUCAUCAAGAUAAUUCUCCUUCAAACAACAUGCAGUGACUUAGUAAACCACAUCACAGCAGUUUGUAUUUGUUGCCAAUUUCAAAG